AUGAGACUUUCCACGCCACUUGAGCUUCUCCGCUUCCUCGUUGAAGGCAUUAGCGCUAAGCUCUUCCGUCAGCCUAAAAUUUAUCGCCAGGUCCUUAGGAGGAAUAAGAUACCUUUAGGAGAUUCCGAUCUGAAAGCUGCUACUAAUAGUGGGGCUCAUUGUCCAAUAGCGAGUCUAAUCCAUCGACCUAUUCAAGUGGACAACGGUAGAGUAUCCAAUCUGAGUCUAGUUAGGCUCCUACUGGAGGGAAGUUCAACGGAUAUACUGGAUGGUCUGAUCUGUGCGGGCAACGGACGAUCCUAUGUCAACAUAAGGAAAUGCUACAGACACAAAGUUGGAUUAUAA